GUCAUCGUCAGGCGACGGUAGAGUUCUGCUUCGCGCCAAGCAGUGUGGGUUUUUUUUUUAUUUCCCUAACAACUAACCUGACUACAAACUGCGAGAAAUAGUCCUGUCAAUAAUGGACAUCAGGCGGUUUUUUGCACCGACAUCAGCUAAGCCUGCGGUGCAGAAACCAGCCCCAAAUGGAAACGUCAAAACAGAGGAGAAGAAGAAGAGGAAUCCUCCGUCUUCUUCUGACGAGGAGGUGAAAAAGAAAAAGAAAGAGACCACCAAGGUCUCCAAAUCAGAGGAGAAACGCAAAGAUACUGAGAAAAAACGGAAGAAACAUGCCGUCAUAGAUUCAGAUUCAGAGGAUGAGAAGCCAGUGAUUAAGUCAAAGAAAUCUCCUAAGGAGAAACCAAUGCCGAGCAAAGCAGAUCCACCUCCUAAAAAAGAUCCUGUGCAGUACGUCUCUGAAACAGAUUCAGACAGUGACAACUUUCAGUCUUUGAAGAAAGUUUCCAAACCCAAGCAGAAUGGCACUUCCAAACCGGCUAAGACAGAUACAGAGAGUUCUCAUUCAGGAACCAAACAGGGCGUCAAGUCUCCAGUGAAGCCCUCCACACAGGGGAAGUCUGGCCUGACGUCCCCUGUCACCCCAAAAUUAGCCCUCCCUCCUCAGCCCAAAAAAACCCCCACCUCAGUGUUUGACUACUUUGGCAGUGGGGCUGUUCAGCGCUCAGAUAAAAAACUGGUAGCCAGCACCAAACGGAAAGCUCCAAUGCAGGACCCAGAUGAUCUGAUGAAUGAUGAGCAAAUCGCCAAACAGCUGCAGAUGGAGGAGGACAUGGAGUUGGAAAAGCAGGUCCAUGAGGAUGAGGAGUUUGCCAGGACGCUGGCUCUGCUGGAUCAGGAACCACUGGCUAAAAAGGCUCGAAAAGGCUCUGACGAGAAACAAAGCCAUGGCACGUCUUCCAAAAAGAGUGUCACAGACUCUGUUACUGGCAGCACGAGCAGCCCGUUGAAGAUGGACCGAAGAGGUAGCAUGUCUGAGGAUGUGAUUAGUCCAUCUCCUAAGAAGAGCCCGGCUCCCAUUAAAGCCAGUUCCAAGCUCGCCAUGAUGAAGAAAAAGGAUGAAGAGAAGGAAGGAUCCAAGAGCAAAAUGAAUAUUUCACCUACAAAAAUGAAAUUUUCUCCCAAAAAGGAGCCCAUCAGUUCAUCCAUUUCAGAAAAGAAGUUCACACCCAAAGCUGGAACCACACCCACUGCACUUAAAGCAUCUCCUAAGAAACCAGAGGGCACAAGCACAAGUCCAGAUGACACAGAGAAGAGAAAGGCCAACACCUCGGCUUACAGGAACUACCUCAACAGAGAUGGUCCACGGGCUCUGGGCUCUAAGGAAAUCCCACAGGGUGCAGAGAACUGUUUGGAGGGUUUUGUGUUUGUCAUAACGGGGGUCCUGGAGUCAAUGGAGAGGGAUGACGCCAAAUCCCUCAUUGAGCGAUAUGGAGGCAAGGUGACUGGUAACGUCAGCAAAAAGACCACAUACCUGGUCCAGGGCAGAGACAGCGGAGUGUCAAAACUGGAGAAGGCUGAGAGUCUCGGUACCAAGAUACUGGAUGAAGAUGGUUUGCUGGAGCUUAUCAGAACAAAACCAGGAAAGAAGUCCAAGUACGAGAUUGCAGCAGAGGCUGAGAGCAAAGCUUCAAAGACUAAAACUCCCCCGAGCCAGUCAAAGUUCACUCCCAAAUCCCAGAAGAUCUCUCCCUCCAAGGGUAACUCAAGGUCCCCCCAGACCCCGAGUCCAUCUAAGACCGGCCUGGCUCAAGGCCACAAGAGACCACGAGAGGCCGCUACCCCCCCUGGGAGAAGCUCAGGUCACACAGCCAGGAGGGAGCUGGGUCUCUCCUCAUCCUCCGCCUCUUCAUCUUCAGCUCCAGUACUAUCAUCCCCCUCACAGACGGGGGAGGGAGCCAGUCUGUUGUGGGUCGACAAGUACCGCCCACGCUCGCUGAAGACUGUGAUUGGCCAACAGGGCGACCAGAGCUGUGCCAAUAAGCUCCUGCGUUGGCUGCAGAACUGGCACAAACACCACAGUGGCGGCGCAUCAAAGCCAGCAGUACCAAAGUUUAGUAAGUUUGGAGGAAAAGACGACGGAUCAGGGUUCAAAGCUGCUCUGCUUUCUGGACCUCCGGGGGUGGGGAAGACAACCACUGCUGCCCUGGUCUGUGAGGAGUUAGGCUACAGCUACGUAGAAAUGAAUGCCAGCUGUACCCGCAGCAAAAACAGCCUGAAGGAAGUCGUUGCAGAGUCGCUCAACAACACAAGCAUUGAAAACUUCUACAAAGGCACAUCUCAGACAGUGAGCAAUAAACAUGUCCUCAUCAUGGAUGAAGUAGAUGGCAUGGCUGGCAAUGAGGACCGCGGAGGAAUUCAAGAGAUGAUUGGCCUGAUCAGAAAUUCAAAGAUUCCCAUCAUUUGCAUGUGUAAUGAUCGUAACCAUCCAAAGAUUAGGUCCCUGGCCAACUACUGCUUCGAUCUGCGUUUCCAGAGGCCUCGAGUGGAGCAGAUCAAGGGAGCAAUGAUGUCUAUCGCUUUCAAGGAAGGGAUAAAAAUUCCUCCUCCAGCUCUAAAUGAAAUUAUUUUGGCGUCCAAUCAGGAUGUCCGACAGGUGAUCCACAACCUUAGCAUGUGGUCGGCGAAGGACAAAGUAAUGACAUACGACCAGUGUAAAUCUGAUGCAGCCAGCGCCCGCAAGGACAUGAAACUGGGUCCGUUUGACGUUUGCAGAAAGGUGUUUGUGUCUGGGGAGGAGACGGCCCACAUGAGCCUCAUCGACAAGUCUGACCUCUUCUUCCAUGACUACUCAUUAGCACCUUUGUUUGUCCAAGAGAAUUACCUGCAUGUUCGCCCUGCGGCUGCUGGUAGUGAUCUGAAGUCUCACCUGGUGUUACUCAGCAAGACGGCUGACUCCAUCAGUGAUGGAGACCUGGUGGACAGACGGAUCCGCUCUGGGCAGAACUGGUCUCUGCUGCCCACUCAGGCCAUCUAUGCCAGUGUUUUGCCGGGUGAACUCAUGAGAGGCUACAUGAGUCAGUUCCCAUCCUUCCCCAGCUGGCUCGGCAAGAACUCUUCCACCAAUAAACAUUCCCGCAUUGUCCAGGAGCUCGCAUCACACAUGAGCUUAAAGACGUUGAGCAGCAGACAGGCGGUGAACCUGGACUACCUGCACUACCUGCGGCAGGCGCUGCUCAGCCCGCUUCAGAAGCACGGAGCAGAGGGCGCUGGAGAGGCUGUUCAGCUGCUGGACGACUACCAGCUCAUCAGGGAGGACGUGGACAGCAUCAUGGAGAUCAGUGUCUGGGGCGGGCAGCCUGACCCCUACUCCAAACUGGACUCCAAGGUUAAGGCAGCGUUCACUCGGGCUUACAACAAAGAGGUUCAUCUGACGCCGUAUUCUCUACAAGCUGUGAAGAAGGGUCGCCGUGGUGGCGGAGUGGAAGCGGAGCUGGGAGGGGAGGGUGGAGACAAUGAAGUUUACGAGUCAGAGGACGAGGGCGUCAAAGCUGAUGCCAUGAUCAAACAGAAGAAAGCAAAACCAUCGAAAGAGCCCAAGAAGGAAAAGACAGAAGCCUCCGGGAAAGGCAAAGGCAAGGGGAAAGGCAAAACUAAGAAAUGACAGAUGACCAGUGGAGGAAAACAAACUCUCCUGCCUCUUUCUCCACAGACUCAAACAUUGUUGUCAGCACUUAGUGACCCUUUAAAGAGCAUCACAAAGUAGUUACACUGGUCUGAAACUGCAACACAAGUAACACUUCUGUCCUUUAUCCAUACUUUACUCUGGAACGUUAUUAUCUGAGAGCUGUAUGUGCUUUUUACUUCAGCUAACAUUUACAUCUGACCAUCUCUGUACUGAGCUGCUUAUUCCACCAACUAUCAUGUCUUUAGUAAUGUGUCAGAAGGUUUUUCUUCUGCUCUUUAUAGUUUGUGGUAUCGAGGCUGUAAAUAAUGUGACGGCAUAUAUGACUGUUACUUUUGCUAUGACUUCAAUACAGUUGUAGUUUUGAUUUGCUCUUUAAGUUAGUGCUGAUGACCAUUUGUAAAUUGCAAUUUUGUUAAAAAAAAAAAAGCCAAGAUUAAUAGAGAACU